GCUGACUAGUGCUGACUGCUAGGAGCUAUUAUUUAAUUAGGCAAUUCAAUCCAUCUGUCAAAAAGGAAAAUUCAAUGUGGCGCGGCGGCCAUGCAAGUUUGUUUUGAAUAUGUUUUUAUGCGUAUUUCAAAUUAUUUUGCAUACAGUUUUGCUUACAACUUUGAUUUUCAUUAUUUAAUAAAAUAUUUGUUGACUAGGUACCUAAACUAUUAAUUCGGGCAGAGAUUAGAUAUUUUUUUGUGUUUUUUGGCUCAUGUGUGGCCGCCACGCCAUCUUGAAUGUCACGUGGUUUGAAUUGCCUAAUUUUAUAAAAUUGACACGGCAAAUAAAAGUCUAGCAAAAGUUUCGUGAAAAUAUUAGUUGAUAUUAGUCAUACGCAGGCGCAGUUACGUUUUGCCAUCAAUAAUAUCAAAUCGUAACCUCAUACUUUGAUAAACCAGAACAAAUAAAACUUCCGUUUUCUAAUUGUUGUUGAAUCUUUGUACCCCCCUGCAGUUUCAUAAAGUUGAAUUUGUUUUUUCCUUCCAUAAAUAAAGUUUUUUUUUUUUUUUUUAUUUGCCCAGCUGUUUUUGGGUGCAUUACUUUUUUCACCGAUGAGCAGAAUAUCCUUAUCUAUUACAUAGGAAAUCAAUAAAGUAUGAAAUAGUAGGUAUGCUAUUUAUGUUUGUGAACAAACUUUCGGGCCUUUCGGUUUCUUGUUGACUGUGCCCCAUGGCCAUUUCGCAUAAAAUAGAACUAAAGUUUGUUUUUAUUUAUAUUUCAAUUUUUUUGGAGUAGUCUACCCGAUAAAAGGGAGCUUGUGGCAACACUGACUGCAACUUCAUUCUUCCUUCCGCAAUUCAAUCCAUCUGUCAAAAAGGAAAAUUCAAUGUGGCGUGGCGGCCAAGCAAGUAUGUUUUGAAUAUGUUUUUAUGCGUAUUUUAAAUUAUUUUGCAUACAGUUUUGCUUACAAUUUUGAUUUUCAUCAUUUAAUAAAAUAUUUGUUGACUAGGUACCUAAACUAUUAAUUCGGGCAGAAACUAGAUAUUUUUUUGUGUUUUUAGUCCCAUGUGUGGCUUCCACGCCAUCUUGAAUGUCACGUGGUUUGAAUUGCCUUUUUGUUACUAGCUGCAUUUUGGAGUUGUUUGGUUUGUCCUUCAGUGGUAACUGGUAGACAUAUUUCCUUUUGCUAUUUCGCAGAAAAACAUCAUUUUAUCCUAAAAGUUGUUUUGAAAGAUACUUAUCAGCCCUAUAAAUAAUAUCCUCCUCCACAACUGAGCAAAAUGGCAGCGGAAGCAGCUGAAGAUGCAAGAAAUGCAGUCACUAGAUUUUUCGACGACGUUGGCAAAUCUGACGCAACAAAACAACUUUUGAUUGGAACACUAUCAGGAUUUGCCACUGGCUUCCUUUCAAUGAAAGCAGUUCCACCCAUCAUGUCUAUUAUGUUGGUUAAGUGUCCCUACAACCCCCUACAUGUAAUGCCAGAAGAAAGCUUGCAACGUCACAUAGUGAAAUGCAUGAAAAAUUAUCCACAAUGGGUCACUUGCCCUUAUUUUGCCAUGCAUAAGUUCCCAAAUGCUGACGUUCUUGGAAAACAUUUAGGUCUUUGUCAAUACAGAGAAAUUGAUAUUUUCAGCAAAAUAACACCAAAAGUUGAAGAUUUGAUUGACGAUAAAGCAGAACUGAAAAACGAGCCUAGCCUGGAUCAAAUAAGAGCAAUCAAUUUUUCUGAAGAAAACUGGGAUGCCGAGUACAACAAUUAGGUUUCAACCUCUUGAAAUAUUAUUUAAGGUGCUUUUUAGUAUGUAGGUAUAUGUAUUAUUGCAUAGUAGAAAUAGAAUUAAAUGGACUUAGUAGAUUUCAAACAUUCAUGUAGAAUACUGGGAAUUGUUUUUUUAAGCUCUGAUCGGUCAUGUUUUGCUGUUCUUACCCCAACAAAACUUUUAGCAAACCAGCAACAGAAUAGAAACCGAAAUAGUAUAAAAAAUACAGCUAAUAAUGUAAUAUUUAGCUAUAGGUGGGUUGCUUUUCGUUUGUGCUUUGUUUCAAUUUUUAUACAAAUAUAAUAUUUUCUACCUUUA